AUGGCCGACGCAGCAGCCGUGGCAGGUUCGCCUGUGCCGGGCGGAGAUGGAGCCGGAUCCGGAUCCCAUACUACAGUGACGGGGUCUGGUGCGGAGAAUAAGUUCCAGGGAGCCAUCUCGGCAUGGCGGAAAGUCGACCUGACGACGCUUGUUUCGAGUCUCGACAAUACUGCAUCCGAAAUUGUUGCGUACCAGCGCGACUCGACCGUGCAGCGCAAGGACCUUGCGCAGAAGACAAAAGAUUUCCGCAAGAUGGACGACACGACGAAGCUGUCCGAGAUCAAGGGUCUGCUCAAGGCCUACCAGACAUUCAUCGACCUGAUAACGAACCACUCCAAGUCUGUCAACUCGGCCUUCAUCCAGGCGUACAAUUCGCUCUCCGAGGUGCCGGACCCGUACCCACUGCUCGAGGCGUCGGUCGACUCCAUGCUGGUCGCCGAGGAUACGCUGCCCAAGCUCACCGAGGAGAAUGGCCACCUGCAGAGCACCGUGACAAAGCUCACGUCGCAGCUGGACGAGACCGAGUCGAAGCUGCAGAUGGAGCUGACGGCCCGCAAGCAGCUUGAGGACAACCUGGAGAGCAAAGUCAAGGACGUGGAGCAGUCGUGGACCGCGGUGCUCGACGAGAAGAAGGAGAACUGGGAGGCCAAGGAAAAGGCUUUUGAGGAGAAGAUCGAGACGCAGGACCGGUUGCUUAGCGAGAUCAAGGCCAGCUACGAGGUCAACCAGCGCCUGGGCCAUGCCAAGGAGGCAGGCGAGGAGGGCCAGCGGCCGUACGUGACGAGCGCCGAGCUGGAGAUGGUCAACUCGGACCUCGAGCGGACGUCGGCGCGGCUGGCCGACGUGGAGGCGCGCAACGAGCAGCUGCUGACAGAGCUCGCACAGGCCAAGUCAGCGGUGCCCGACCAGGCCAAGGCCGUCGAGGACGACCCGGCGUACCUGCAAGUGCUCUCACAAAACGCAUCGCUCGUGCGCAAGCUGGAUGCCAACCGGGUGGAGAAGGAGGGCCUCAAGCGCGACCUGGACACAAGAUUGCGCGGGCUCGAGCGGGAGAUCGGUCUCCUGCGCGAGGAGCGCGACACGCUCAAGACCAAGGUGCAGAAGUGGAGCGACUACGAAGACGUCAAGCAGGAGCUCGAGGUGCUGAAGAGCAUCGAGUUUUCGACGGGCGACGACGACGAUGCGAACCUGGGCGGCAGCAUGGGUGCCCGUAACAAGGGCAAUGGCGACACUCUGGAGCAGCUGCUUCUGGCGCGCAACAAGAAGCUUACCGAAGAGGCGACCAUUCUGCGGGUGUCGCACCAGGACCUCCAGUCGCGCCUCACGAAGCUGGAAGACGACCUGUCGCGGCGGAACGCCGACGUCGAGCGGCUACAGAAGCUGACCGAGAAGCUCGAAAACGACCUGGCCACGGUCGAGGCCGAGGCUCCCAAUGCCUUCCCCUCCGGUGCCUCUGUGGCCGGCACCUACGUUAGCCGGUACACGCCCACGAUUGGUGGACGCCGUGCCGGGGGACGCUCCACGUCACCGACGUCGUCGAUUAUCAGCGGCUUCAGCCCCCACGGCUCGGGCGGUGGUGAGCCCAUGGGUGGCGGAUCGGGCAUUCUGCCCAUGAUUACGGCACAGCGCGACCGGUUCAAGGCCCGGAUCACGCAGCUGGAGCAGGAGCUGGCCGACGAGCGUCGGGUCGUGUCGCAGCUGCGCCAAGAGGUGGCCGCGCUGCAGAGAGACAACCUCAACCUCUACGAAAAGACACGCUACAUGUCGAGCUACAACCGUGGCGGCGGUGGCGCCAGCUCGUCGUCGGCCUCGGCGUAUGCCACCAACCCGAACCCGUCGACGGUGUCGAUUGGCGGUGGCAACGGGUCGGGUGCGUCGCUCGACCGGUACCGCAAGGCCUACGAGAGCAACCUGUCGCCGUUCCAGGCAUUCCGCGGCCGCGAGUCAGCGCGGGCAUACCGGCGACUGUCGUACCCGGAGCGGAUUGUCUACUCAAUCACGCGUAUGGUGUUGUCCAGCCGCACAAGCCGCAACCUGUUUGCGGCAUACUGCGUGGCUCUCCACCUAGUGGUGUUCCUGUCACUGUACUGGAUGAGUGGCAUGGACAGCGCCCAACACGCGAGCAACUUUGGGCACGACGCAGCCAUGGCGGCGGCGGCAGGUGGCAGCGGAGCAGCGGCGGCGGCACCAGCAGGAGCGGCUGGCGAUGGAGGCGCCAGUUCACAUGGAGACUGGCAGGAAGAAGGCUUUAGUCACUGA